CAAAAUCAGCUUUUCUAGAUCCCCAAGUUCGACGCAUUCAGACCAAAACAAACAAUCCCGUCUCCUCUCCACUUCCAUUAACACAGAAACUAGCCGUUGAUCUAAUUCUGAGACCAAUACACAAUGCCGGCCACCCCCAACAAUGGCGGCAGUCCCGGGGAUGAAGUAAAUCAGCGGCAUAAAUUAUGCCGAAAAAUAGCUAGGGUUUUGGAUGAGGUCCGGUCGUCUCAGGUUACCCACCUCAGGAAGCUAAAGGAGCUCUCUGCUCUCCGUUUCCAUUCAUCUGUAUCCACGGAAAGUUUCUUUGCGGCUUUCUGCACAGCGUUGACGCAGAUUUUUGACUUCCAACGACGAACAGCAUCCGCUGAGAGAAUUAUCAGAUUCGUUGCUAUUUUCGCGGGUACUCGGGACCCGAAGAAUGCUUCUGACAGUGACCCGUUUCUGGAACAGUUCCUUAGGUUUUUGCUCGUGGCUGCUGAAGCAUCAAACAGGAUGGUGCGAAUCAGGGCUUGCCAUAUCAUUUCUGAGAUCAUAAUGCGAAUGCCUGAUGACGCUGAAGUUAGCAGUGACCUUUGGGAUGAGGUGAUAGAGGGAAUGAAGUUGCGUGUUGGUGAUAAGGUCCCUGCAGUCCGGACUUUUGCUAUCCGGGCUCUGUCACGCUUUGUGAAUGAUGCAGAGGAUUGCGGAAUCCUAGAACUAUUGUUGCACACAUUGUCCUUUGAACAAAAUGCGGCUGUACGGAAGACAAUUGUGUUAUCUCUCCCACCUUCACACAAAACUGCAACAACAGUAAUUGAUUGUACAUUAGAUGCCAGUGAAUCAGUACGUAAGGCAGCUUACUGUGUGCUUGCUAGCAAGUUUCCCUUGCACCGUCUCAGUAUCAAGCUCAGGACAACUAUCCUACAGAGGGGACUGGCAGAUCGCUCCUUGUCUGUCAUGAAGGACUGCCUCAAAUUAAUGAAAGAUGAGUGGCUUUCCAAAUGUUGCAAUGAAGAGCCUAUAGAACUUCUAAAGUUUCUUGAUGUUGAAACAUAUGAAUCGGUUGGAGAGUCUGCAAUGAGAACCUUAUUUAAAGAAGGACUGGUGAAAUUGCGUGAUGAUCAAAGUAUUAGGCAGUUCUUUACAUCACCUAGUGACCCUAAUGAAGGACAAUGCAAGUCUACUGUCCAACUAAUGGAAGCAGAGGUUGCAUUUUUCUGGAGAACCAUCUGUAAGCACCUACAGAUGGAAGCAAAGGUCAAAGGCACUGAUGCUGCAACUAAAACGGGCACCGAAUCCGCUGUCCAUGCAGCAGGAGCUUCAGACAGCAAUGAUCUUCUUGACCGAGUUCUACCUGCUUCUGUUUCUGAUUAUGUGAAAUUGGUUAAAGCUCAUAUUGAUGCUGGACCCAAUUAUCGAUUUGCAUCUCGGCAGUUACUAUUGCUUGGUGCAAUGCUUGACUUUUCUGAUUCAUCGAACAGAAGGGUUGCUGGUGAAUUUCUGCAGGAGUUGCUGCACAAACCACUGGAUUAUGAACUUGAUGAGCAUGAGGCUGAGGUGGUUAUAGGAGAUGGUAUCAAUUUAGGUGGGGACAAGGAGUGGGCUGCUGCUGUGUCAGAACUAGCAAAGAAAGUUCAUGCAUCCUCAGGGGAAUUUGAAGAAGUGGUUUUAAGGGUUAUUGAACAACUUGCUCAACCUUGCCGGGAGAGGACUGCUGGUUGUAUGCAGUGGCUUCAUUGUCUUGCUGUUACUAGCCUUCUCUUGGAAAAUGCACAGUCAUUUCGCUGGAUGCAUGGAAAGGCCAUAGAACCUCUGGAGAUUUUGCAAUCUGUUUUGCUUCCUGGGGCAAGGCAUGUCCAUUUAGAUGUUCAGAGGGCUGCUGUGAGGUGUCUUGGUCUGUUUGGGCUUCUAGAAGGGAGACCUAGCAAUGAUAUAGUAAAGCGCUUAAGGCGGUCAUUUGUUAAAGGCCCUUCUUCAGUUACUAUUAUGGCUUCUAAGGCUUUGAUGGAUCUUGGAAUGUGGCAUGGUCCCAAUGAAGUAGACAAUGCAAUGGAACAGCGUAAUCAUACCGUGGUUGUAACACCUUAUGAACCCAGUGAUGAUAGAGAGGAUCCUGAGAUCAAAUUGCUGCAUCUGUUAUAUGAUGGACUUGAAAGGCACGGCUGGGAUGACUCUAUAGAGAAUGAUGAUGACGAAUCUGUUAUGUCCAUUCUUGGAGAGGGUUUUGCUAAGUUUCUUCUUCUCAGUAAGAAGUAUCCAGUCCUUCCUGCUGUAUCACAUCCUCAACUAUUAGCCAAGCUUAUUGGCUUAUAUUUUUGUAGUGAGAAUAAUGAUCUUCAAAGGUUGAAGCAGUGUUUAUCAGUAUUCUUUGAGCACUAUCCAUCCCUUUCAUUGGACCACAAGAUUUGCUUAUCCAAGGCAUAUGUGCCAGUUAUGCGCUCAUUGUGGCCCGGCAUUGAUGGAAACUCUGCAGGAUCGAACGUAAUGGUAUCUAACAUGCGCAAACGUGCUAUGCGAGCAUCAUUUUUUAUGGUGCAGAUGAUGCAAGUUCCUAUAUACACAAAAGUGACCGAAACUUCCAAUGAUGAAGAUGGGACUGGAAACCUUGAUGAUUCGAUGGGCCCUUCUUCAGAGUAUGAGAGUGGAGAAGAAGGACUAGCCAUACGUAUUGGUUCUGAGGUAACAAGGUUUGGUGGAAAGAAGACAGUGGCUGAGAAAUCAUAUGUUUCUGCACUCUGUAGGACCCUGGUCUUGCUUCAUUUUCGGUCAUCAGAACAAGAGGCUAUAAAGUUAAUGCGACAGCUAUUGACUCAUAUCCUUGAAUCUGUAGCAGCUGAAAAGGACGUUAUGAAGGAUUUAAAACAGAUGGCUGCAAGGUUACAAUCUUUAGACAUGCACCCUGAUCAGGAGUUGUCUUCGGAUCAAGUGAAUCUCAUUUUGAGGAGGUUAGAUGUUGAAGCACAACUGGACGUGAACAACCACCCCAUGGAACAGCCACCUAGCUUUGCACAUAGAUCAGCAAGACCAAACUGUGGCAGAAGAAGAGCGAGGAGAAAGGUGGCUGAAUCAUCUUCUUCAGGUUCUUCGGAUGAGGAAGUCUCACCCUCAUCUGCGGUCCCAGCUAACCCUUGUGUAAUGAGCCGGGCAAAGAGGGCUAGCAAAACAGUUGCACUGUCCAAGAUGACUGCCCUUAACACACCUGAGGAAGAUGGAGAAGAGGAGGUAGAGGAUGAUGGUUCAGAGGUGACAGAGGACGAUGACGAUGACUCUGAUGCCUUGUGAUGAUUAGUCACAUGUAAGUAGAUUCAUCUGACAGUAUAGAUUUAUGUCUGUUGUGAGUUUAAACUGCUGAUGUAGUGUCUGUAUAAUGCAAGCAAGUUUGUAUAAUGCAUGCUAACAACAUUCAUUUCUGUUGUUUGUGUGCCACAUACUCUUCCUUUAUACACUGUAAUAGUAGUUCUAAAAUAAUUAGCAUUUCCUAGUAUUAAUACUUUUGAAUAA